GAAGAACAUUAAAUACAAAUCUGGCAACCCAUAACAACACAAUGGCGUCUAUCACAGACUUGAAGAGCGCCCUGAAGGAGACAUUGGAGGCACGAGGCGUGCUCACACAGCUCAGAGCGAGGAUGAGGGCGGAGGUGUUCAGGGCGUUAGAUGACCCGAGCGAGGCACGCCCCUCACCGAGCCGAGAGACGCUGCUGAUUAACGAGCUGAUCCGCGAGUACCUCAAGUUCCACAAGUACCAUCACACAGAGUCUGUGCUCAUCGCAGAGUCAGGACAGCAGGAUGUUCCGCUGGAUCGAAGAUUUAUCGCCAGGGAACUGAACAUUGUAGAAGAGCCAAGCACCAGGACACUUCCUCUGCUAUAUGGAGUCAUCUCUCACUUUCUGAAAGAGGAUGGAGCAUGAAAGGAAGAAAGACAGACAGGUAAAAACCUUCUUACAGACAGGGCCGAGGACAUGAUAACAGGAAGUCACAUGACAACGGGUCAUGUCACAACACCAUUAAAUUAUUAUUGUUCACAUGUUGAAGUGUACCAAUAAUAAAACAUUUUCUUAUGA